CGGCGACUCGCGCCGUCGAUGUUUACGGAGAGCGCCUCGACGCCGAGACCCGCGGCCGAGCCAGACGGAGAGAAAGGGAGAGGGCGAAAGGGGGAGAGAGAGAGAGAGAGAUCUCGCCGCGAUCGAUUCGCCGUUCGUCGCCGCCGCUGUGAUUCAACCGUGCCGUCUCUCCGGACUCUGCGCGCUACUAUCCGCGUGGACCCCCGCGGCCGCGUGACUUCGGACGCGCACGACGACGUGGCUCGAAAACCGAAAGUGUGGUGUGCUCGCGCUCGCGCGCUCGUUUUCGUUUCGGCAGGCGAGAAUGAAAAAAUGCGCCGCGCUGGAGUCUCGUUCCCGCGGACGAGUUCGCUCCUGCCCCCUUCCUCCGGAGAACAAUUACUACGACGGGGAGUCGACGAAAUUCUCGCCCGGCGUCCCCCCCAAAGACAAUCGAUACGUCCUCGGGGGGGGAUUUACCGUCGCCGUGUCCCGCUCCGACGACACCGCUUUUGUCGGGCCCUCGGCUGAUUUGCGCACGGCCGAUCGACGCGCGGCUUCAAUCGAGAGGAAUUCUGGCCUUUCUUCAACGACGACUCCGAACGGCACGGGAUCGGGUCGUAAAACUCUCCCCGUUUGUCUGGCCCUCCCUCGAGACCCUGCACACACAGUGAAACGGCUCGGAAAACGUGGCAUUCAGCUGUGAACGUUACGGAAAUAUACAACCGGCUUUUCGAUAUCAAAAACGCAAUGUUUAACCACGACGGAGGGUCUAAACUAAACAGUGACGACGCAAAAUCAACAAUUAUCGAGUUAUUUCCAUGGGUCUCAGAAUUUAAGAAAAUGUGCAAAUGUAUAUACGCAGACAAGAGUAUGGCUUCUUUGGCAGAGCUUAUGCAGUACUAUAUCAGAAAUGUAAGUAUCAGUGUGAAUGAAUGUUAUACAAGGCCUUUACGAGCAGCAAAGUUGAAGGAUUCUAUUAGUGAAACCUUACUUUUGUUCUUAUAUAUCUAUCGCGAGCUUUCUGAGGACCGUAAUAUAUCUAUUUACUUAAAUAACAUGUCCGAUUUAUUGGCAUUGUACAUAGAUAUGGAAUUAAAAGCUUCAAAAAAGAGUAAAGAAGAUCAUAGCAGAAUUUGUACAAGACUUACUUCUUGUCUUUAUGUAUAUUUAGAACAUUCCACAGAGCAUUUGUUAGAUACUUUGAUAAAAACGCAAUUUAUGUGCCGGGGUUAUCACCGUAUUUUAGAUCCGAUAAUAACAAAAGUAAUUAAAAAUAUUCCAACGUAUCCCGAAUCAAAUAUUAUGUACAUUCGUUAUCUUCUUAUUUAUUGUCUUUGGAGAAAGAUAAAUAGCGAUAUAAGCGUGAGAAGUCAAAUUACUACAACCGCAAUUGCCUCUCUGGGAGCACCACCAGCGGCUUUCCCACCAUGCGUGUUAGAAGAUGUAUUACCGAAAGUGCCAAAGUGUCAACCAAAUUCAGCAAAAUAUCUGAUGCAGCAGAAAUUUGACAUAAGAAAAUGCUGUGAAUUAUUUAUACAGUUCUGUAGAGAGAGCAGAGGAGGUACAUGGCAGCAAAAAAGUGAAAAUACAUCUACAAUUCCAAGCUCAUCCAAGAGGACUACUUCACAACUGCUGGAAGUUACAUCACGCGAAAAUAUGGAACGUAUCGAAAAUAAAUUUGUCUCCUCAGAUAAAGAUAUGAAAAAAGAUUCCGUUUUGUCAAAUAACUUAAAGUCUUCAAAUUUAACAGAACAAAUAAACGUUAAACCUCUAGGCACAAUUUCUACAAAUAUUUCUGUAACACGAACUAUCUCUAAAUCGAUGAAACUGAAAGUGCUUCCACGGAAGAAGGCUAAAAAAUCUAAUAAAAUUGUAAUAAUCGAUCUUACAACCGAUAUCGCUUCUGAACGAUGUAUAAAAAAGAGGAAAUCGAGAAAAGUUGCAUGGCUCGAAGAAGCUAAGAAGAAAUUUGAUACAAAGGCGAUAAGGGCGUCACAGAAGAUUAAGACUCAACAAAUGACGGAAAAUGUAAAUUUUUUGAAGAAAAUAACUGUUAACCAGCCAUUGGAAGAUUCGCUUCAACCCAUACAUGCCACAGAAAAUACAACUUUGAAGAAUGAUUUGAGUGCGUCUGCAAUACAGGAUAUGAAGUUGAAUAACGAAAAACUGAAAUCCAUGCAACAUCUUGAUACAAAGCAUAAAAAUACGUCAGUCAAUGGUAACACAGUACCUACAAAACAAUUGAUAGACAUGAAUAGCAAUGGCAAAAGUGAAACUGUUGGGUUGCUGCACUGCACAGUCUCUUCUUCUGUAAUCGUUGAUAGACCACAGUCUAAUAAAGCUAAAACUUGUAGAAAUUCGUUAUUGGAUAUUUCAAAUAACGCUAAUGAAGUUAGCAAACGUCAUGAUGUUAAUUUGGAAGCAAGGAAUAAUGAGAGAAUAAACGAUAGGCAUAAUGCACAGACUGUGAUUAAACGACUGAUAGAAAAAGACACUCCGCCUGAAAGUGAAACCUGUAAAAGAGUUGAAAGUUUAAGGAAAAUCUGUGAUUUAGGAACAGAGCACUCUAAAACUGUAAAUACUCCUUCGAUAUGUGCCCAAGAUGAUUCCAAAGAUGAAGAUGAUAGCUCUAAUCAUAAUACUAACUAUCUUAGUACAACUAAAGAUAAGUUAUCCCCGCAUGUAAUUUCAUCUCUGGAGCACACACAUCGCAGAAAUAAGACAAAGGAUGGGACAAAUGACGAGAGAAUAGAAGAUUUGGGUAAGAAACGUGUUCAGGAAGCGAUAAGUAAUGAAACGCAGUGCUUGAAGUCAACCAGAAUUGAUAGCGAAUUAAGUAAAGAGAAAUUUGCGGUUUCUACGACAGCAGCUGAAACUCGUACUACAACAACGGUGAGUAAUGUGGAGAUAUUAAUAAAUAAUGCAACGGAAUCUGAGCGGUUGCAACGAUCGUGCAUCACUGAAAGCAUAAGGCACUCACAGGAAUCUGAAUCUCAAGAUAAAUAUGUAUCAACAAGCCACGAUGUUGCAAAUAAUACUGUAAGUAUUAGCCUAACGAACGGAGACCAUUCUAAUGUACAAACAGAUUUAAAAGUUGGUACUUGCAUCGAAGUAAGCGAUGGCGUAAGCAGAUUCUCUAAUCGUAAAAUCAGAGAGACUAUUUUUGAAAAUCACACAGCUGAUAAGAAAAAUAUUUCUGAUAUUCUCGACAUGUCACUGUGUUCAAAAGAGGAAGGAGUCAAUGGUGAGGAAAAUAUCGGCUUGAAAGCAAAUUAUAAAGGAAGCGCAGAAGUCGAAUCUAACAGGAACUGCAGUAGAGAAGGUAACAUGGAGGAACUGGGAAGAUCUUCUGUACUGUGCAAGAAGGUUGACCAAACGCACGAUCACAGAUCGUCGAAAGAAUCGUACAAUAUGUCACAUGCGAAAGGUAUUCAGGAUUCAUCGGAGGACAAAUGUAUCAUUCAGGAUUCGGAAUUGCACGAUAAUAUAGACGGGCUUUCGUUAUUAGCCAACGUUAUCGCGAGUCAGCACGUGUCUCAUCUGAAAACCGAACGCGAGUUAAAAUACGAACAAAUCAAAGUCAAGGAUUACGCGUCGUUAAGAAGCUCUCCUUAUAAUCAAACUACGGAUGACGAAGCUGAUACCAAUGACUCAUCGAAUACCGUUUCUCAAAUUUUGGAGAAUCCAACCGCUGAAGUCAUCAAUAGAAUAGUCGGGAUUUAUCCAGAGGACGCGUUGGACAAAGUAGCGCUUCACGUUGAGGUGACAUCGACAACUGAUCCCGACGACCGCGAAAACGACACGAGCAAUAGCGUUUCGCAUAUUGUCGAGACUACUAUUAAUUACGAGACAGACACAAUAUCCAACAAUUUGAGCAUGGUGGAAAACAAUGUGCAGUCAAUAAAGGAGAAUACGAACGUUAUAUUAAACGGCGAAACGGUCGUGCUCUUACAAAAGUCUCCCAAUAGUAAUUUAUACAUCAUCAAUAAAGCGGUGGAAAAUGCACGAGAUCAUAAUAGCGACGACGAGGGCUGUCCGAUUAAAGAAAAGAGCUGGAUGAUUCCACCGGAAGAUUGCGCCUCGUUUGAAGUUGUUAACACGUCGGAGCAUAUUUCGUUUAACUUGGAUCUGCCGCAAUACAACAAGGAAUUAUCGUGCCAAGAAAAUAAAUAUUCCGUCGUAAGGAACAAGGGUAUAAAAAUCGAGCCCGAGGAGGAAAGCAGCUUAAUGAGCAUCACGGAAAUGAAAUCAUACGGUAAGAAGGGUUCGUUGUCGGCUGACGUGUUAUCGGCGACAUCGCAGAUCUAUCAGGACACGAACAUUGCGAACGUGAGCAUCAGCAAGUCGGUCGAUAAACGAAAAUCCAAGUCCAUUCUCACGUACAGGCAGAACAUCAAGCAGGAGUUCAGCAAUCAUAUUACGCCGAAUUGUGGAAUACAAGGGUGCAACGGAAUACAUUCGCAUCCGCACGAAGUGAUUGACCCGCAACAUUCGUUACAUAUUCCGGUCACCCAUCCGACGACAAUACCUUCGAUUUACGGGAACUGCGCUGCCGGCACGGAUCUGUGUAUGCCGUAUCAUAAGCAUUGCACCUCCGUGUCGUGUAGUUUACAGAUUAAUUCUACUACUUCGCUCCAUUCCCACACGAAAUCCGCCAAUUCAUGCGGAAGAUCGCACUGCUCAUGUCUAAAUUGUACGUACGACAUAGUCACGCAUUGUAGACAGUGUAUACACCCUGCCACAGACUCCCACGUGUCUUGCAUUGAAAGUAACUCUUAUUUUUUGCCCACACAUUCAUCAGUACAAACAUCCGCCGUCCAAGAGCACGAUAGGACAAAAAGCGAAGCGGUAAUAAGUAAAUUGUAUGACGAUCAAAUAUUGUGUAAAAGAGUACUACAAAAUAAUACGUUGGAGAAGCUGGAUGUGCCGUGCGAGCCGGACAAGUUAUUCAAGAAGGAUAUGGAGAACAAGUUGCCGCUGAAGAAGAGACUGAAGGCUCACGCCAUGAUGUCGAUGGCAUACGAGAAGGUACCCAUCAAGACGGAGAAGUUGGAUAACUAUCCCGGAACUCCCAUGAUGUCCAUAGCAGCCUUAGAAACGAUAGACGGCACACAGAAACAUCCGACGCAAAUCAUUAAAUCAUACGAAUUGUCUCCUAACGAAGAGGAUAAUCCACACGGCAGCUAUCACUUCAACUCGAAUAUAAUGCGAAGGGAUUACUACAAAGAUAUGCACAUUUCUAAUACACGUCAUAAUCUUACGAAAGAAAGUACAAGAAAUCACGAGCGCCAAUUUCGACCGAAUGGUGAUCAGCCUAACGCAGUGUGCCUAGAAAGUUGUCAGGACAGGACACCUGCGCAGCGCAGAGACGUCACGAAUCCAACAUCUCUGAAACGUAUAGCGACGGAGACGAUCGAGCAGGAUGGCGCGUGUAAAAAGGCGAAAAAAACGCAGUCGUCUAUUAGACAAACGAGAAGCUCAAAAAGAAACGUUCCUAAGGUAAAUUAUUGUUACACCGAUGUUGAUCCAGAAUGGAAUCCGUCCGGUGAGUCAAAACGAAGACGUAAGAAGACUAGUCGAUGAUCAAUACUAUUUCAUUACGAGAAGUCACUGCUGUAAAGAAAUGAAGGAGAAAAAGGAAGCAACCUGCAUAGAGGACAAAUGUGUUCUUCAAGCUGUGGCACUGUAAAUUUGUAAAUAUAUGUACAAAGCGGAAGCGAAAAUAACUCGUCCUAGGAAGAUUUAGAGAUAGAUCGUUCAGCAGCGUGUUCAAGAUUAGCGUCAGCGAAGAGUUACAUUAGUUACAUGGAAGACUCCUGCAUAAAAUAUUUUUGAUGUUUGGUUAGAUAUCGCUAGAAGCAAGUUGUAGAGAAUUUUAUUCCGUUAAAACACAGUUUAGAUGCGUAAACAUCGGCAUCUUAGAAUUUUAUGAUAUAACUAUAAUAUUAAGAUAUUAAACGUAAAAUAUUUAUAUGUUUUAAAAUUUAAUUUUUAAUUAAUUAGCUCUUGACGAUAUUUUAUUUCGUCUGAUAAUAGUUUACUAUUUAACUUUUCUGACAUCCAUUGGAUCAAUUAUUUUAAAUACCUUUAUAUUGAAUAAAAUAUUUCUUGUUCUUGAAUUUCAUUCUUCGUUAUCUAAAGUAGCACUAUUGUAUGCUAAUAGCUAAAAAUUUAGUUUACGCUCUUGUUGCACCACCUAUUUUAAAAAAGCAAAUGUUAACGUGUAAUAAUUAUUUGUUACGAAAUUAUGACAUUUCUUUACUAAAUGUCUUCGAAGUACUAAAGCAAAUGAUAAUGACAUUUGCAAGCGCUUUUAUUGUUAGUAUAAUACGAACAAGAAAAACUUUAGCAGUAUAUUUAAUACUGCUAUGUUGUUGAUUGUGUUUUUCGCGAAUUAAAUAGCCUUAUUUUUGGCUACUGCCAUAACUGGAUGUGUCUAAACUGUGGUUUAAACAUCGUCUCUCUCUCUCUCUACUCCUUGCGAUAUUGUAAAUGAUAUAAGGCUUUGUAAGAUAACAUUUAAAUUCUAAUGUUUUUCUAUUGUCAUGGUUGCAGCGACGUUUGUCGCAAACUAUAAUUUUCUUAAGCAUGAAAUUUUCUUAAAUUCUUGUAAAGUAAGAUUCAAGUUUCUGUACAGUUUUUUCCGUAUAAAUAUGUAUAUAUAUGUAUGUACAUACAUAAUUAUGCCAAACAGAAACUUAUUUGGUGGAAACGUAUCUUGAAGUAAUAUCAUUCUUAAGGUUCCUGAAGAACACAAAUUUAGAUUCAGGAAUGUAAUGCGACCAGGUUGACGAUUGAAAGUUAAAAGUGUAUAAAGUCUAAGAAUACAAAUUCAUUGAACACAAGCAGGAUACACGACGUAUCAGGAGCAUGUUUGCAUAGAUUAAUUACCCGCUUAUACUUGAGUAACUUUGGGCAAGUGUUUAAUGCGAGCACAUAAUGUCAAUAAAUUCGCCAAAUGGUGCAAAAUUAUUUGUAUUGCCGUACAAUUAUAAAAACUGGAAAUGUUUAAUUUCUUCCACUUUACAAUCUGUCCUCUUAUUAUAUAUAGAGAUGCAGCCCUAUAUUAUAUCAAGAAGAAAAGCUAUUAUUUAAUAUAAACUUAUAUACAUACAGGUACCUAUCAAAAUAAGUAGAAUAGUUAGUCAGCCGAUUCGUACGAUAACAAGAAACUUCAGGUCCCGUUAAAAGAAAAGAAGAGAUAGUAUGCUACGUGAUUGAAAGUAAUCCAUAUAUUUUUCUUGUAAUACAAAUGUCCAUCUUUCGUUAAAACGCGAGCUGCGCGAGGGCUACACGAGCUACGUAUUCUAAAAAAUAAAAAUGACCUAAUCGAGCUUGAUAAAUAAAAUGAAACUGAGGCAUGCAAGGAAAAAUGCACAAUUUAGAUAUCGAUAGUUACCAAGAUAGAAAAGCUUUACAACUAGCAAGCAUCAUAUAGCUUGUUCCUAUGUAAUUGUUUAGUAUUUCAGUUCAUAUGUCUGGAAUCUUACUUUAAGAACCGAUUAACAUUAAUAUAUGGCAUUUAAUUAAAUUAUAUUAAAUUUAACAUGAAUUUUAUAAGGUAAAUUUUUAAGAAUGAUGUAAUUUUUUAAAUGCUGUAUAUUACAUGGUAAAUGGUUCUUAUGGGAAAAAUUGCUCAUGCUCAUUCAAUUCUAUAUUUAUAUCUUAUGUUAAUGGUGUCAGAGUAUCUAUUACUAUUAAACUGUUUUUUUUUUGUUAUAACGUGUAUCUGAUCUGAACAAAUUAAGUCACAUUGCAGCCCCUGUGUUAAACCUGAACCAGUCAGCGUCACUAUAUUCUAAUACGAAUGUCCUAACUACGUUUAAUUAUUUCGAGAUAGAUUUGGUUCCAAGUAAUGCAUAACUUCAGUGCCAUAUCCCUAUACCUGAUCUCACAACUGUGAUCAUUAGCUAAGCAGUAGCUAAGAUUUUGUUGUACAAAAAGGAAAUGUACCUUGUUAAGUAGUCUAUUCGAUAGAUUACUUGUCACUGUCACACUUGUCAUUGUUGUACAUUUAUUCGUCUUCGUAAAAAUGAUUGUAGUUAGAGAAUUUGUUUAAUUGUAGACUGCUGUACCUCUUACGUUAACUGUUUUUUCUUACUUUUCAACUAUUUCAACUAGAUUUUAAACUAUAUUUCCCAUACUUGACUGAAAGGCGCGUCUUUUUCAUUAUCGAUAAUGAUUCUUAUUGUUACUAUUUAUUUAUUAAUUUACAAUGCGAUAAGUCUGAUAGGCUUAAGUUUAACACAAAUAAAUUUAUAAGUUACUAUAGCUAUAAAUAAUUAGUUCAUCAAAAUUGCCAAAAGUCUUCAUACAUAUGGAUCGAAUAUAAAUAGAUCAUUAAUCAUAAAUAAAUUAUUGUACGCAUAAAGCAUUUAUUAAGGAAAGUCUGACGUCUAAACAUUAAUCAAGUUAGUAUAGUAAAGUACUUUACAUCAGAUGCCUCAUUAAUUCGUGUUCAUCAAAAAUUCAGUAUUGUGUAUGCGUAGAACAUCUCUUUCGUAUAAUGAUAAAUAAACCUGUAUUUACCUAUAUUUGUACAUUAUGUGCAUUACAUAAAAUGUCGACUGCAUAAAAUCGAGGUAAAUAUACUGCACAUAUGAAAAUAUUAAUAUAUUUACCUCUCUCUACAUUAUACUCACUGAAAACUAUAGAUUCAUCGCUAUUACCUAUGACGUAAGAAUAGAAAUGUUAGAAAAACUCUAAACAGGGUAAAACAUUAAUAUGCUUUUGAUGCUCGCAGCAUCGGGUUCAUUAUAUAUUUUACAUAAGUAUGUAUACUUAUUAACUAAAAAUAGAAUAUAGUACACCUCUGAACAGGGUAAAAGCGAAAACAAUACUCGGCAAGCUUAUAAUGUUUGUUAUAGUUUACAUAAUUACAGGUACUUCCUUUAAUUAGGCACUAGUUUUAUUUUACAAGUGUAUCUAAUUAUCACAACUUUCCUUUCAAUUUUAGUGAAACAUUUUUAUAUUAUGCUAACAGCAGCAUCGUCCAAGAUCUGUAAAUAUAUUUUUAGGCAUACGUUGGUCACAUCAAAUGCGUUUAUUACGCCAUCAUAUUGCAAUUAUUUUUCCAUGCAAACAAGAUUAAUGAGAUUUUAGUAUCGAUUUCCAUACACAUAUAUCCUGUGCUAAAUAAUAAAACAAGUAUCUAUACGAUUAAUUAAAUAUACAUAGUGAGAGAAAAUGUAUUAAAUGCUUCUGAAAUGGUAGUAGUAAUUUAACGAUCUUGCAUAUACGAAUACUAAAUUCUGCAUUCUAACAUGAAAAGAGCAUAUUUCUUUUUACAUAGACUACCGAAGUACUUCCGAACUAAAUACUGAGUUCUCGAAUUGAUUUUGUACAAUUGCGCGUAAUAAAUGAAUAACUCGAAUGUAUUAAAAAUUGAACUUUUAUUCUUUUUUUCAGUCUCUGCAUUGUUGUACAUCGUGGAUUAACUUAUCACAAUACAAUCUUUUUACACAUAGAACGCAAUUAUAAUAAAAUUGAUUAAUAAUUUAUCGUAGAUCUACAUACAUAUAUAUGUACACACAUAAUUAUUGAACUUAUACAUGAGAAUUGUGAACACUGUCGUGUAAAAAAUAUUAAUAAUUCAUACAUAAAGAUUUGAAUUCGAUACUAUUAGGAGAUGUAUUACAUGACUCGACAAAGUACUCGACUAAAUAUCAUUAUAUCUUUAUUAAUCUAACUGCAUACUUAAAUAUUUUACGCAGUAUGAGCGGCAAGCGAGUGAACUUGUUUUAAAACCGUGUGAAAGCAUUGUCUAAACAUAUUCUGCCUUUCAUAUUGACAUUUUACAAAGAAAUAUAACAUAACAUAAUACAAUGUGUAUAAUUUGAUAGAUAUAUAAUAAGUUUGUAUAUUAUUUCAAAAUUCCUGCGCAUACAAACUGCAUAACCAGGUCUAACUUCUUUUAACAAAUUUGAUAGAAGUUCCUUACACAGUACACAUACAGUAUUUAUUACAUAAAUAUUUUGUAUAUAAUAAGGAUGACGAAAAAAAGAUACAGCUGUGUUCUUAGGCCUAGAGGAUGAAGUUGUAAAUAAAUAACAUUUUACUAUAAAGUUUGCAGAAGAGGAUUAGAAUUACGUUUUAAACCGCUGACAUGUACAUUCAACAAAAACAUGUACAAUAUAAUGCAAUAAAGGAAACAGUUUUAAAGCU